CCUCUCUGUUUGCUCUUAUGAGACCCUCGUGCUCAGACUUCUUCACGGCCACAAGAUCAAGCAAACGUGCGGAAGGUCUUUCCCAUUUCACAUGACCAUACACUGAGGUGUCUAAUGGCCUCCAGCUCAGGGCUGUCCAUGUGAGAAGUGAAUGUGAGAAGAGAAAGGCAGACACUUAAAGAGAGAGAAGAGUUUCACACAGAGCAUGGCCUCUGCCAAAGAAGAUGGUGUGGAUGAAAGAACGGUGGACGUUAAAGAAGAGGAGUGUGAGCGGCUCACACCAGAGGAUGUGUGUGUGAAGCUGGAGGAUCACGAAGAAAGAAUUUCAGUUUUUAAAGAGGAGGAGGAGUGCAAGUGGGUGACUGUUACCAUUAAAGCUGAGGAUUUGAAUGAUUUCUCCGUUGGUUUUGAACUUCAAAAGCAUGAAACUGAGGAUAUUUUCAAGCAAGAUGCCUGUGAAGAAUCACCAUCCAGUUUACAGUCCUGGUUCACUAAUACGGGACGACUGGCUACACAGGAGAAUUCUGCAGAGCUGAAAUCAGAGUUAUCAGAGUCUGAAGAGAAAAUCACAGAGGGAAAUGGGAGAGAAGGAGAAGAGUCACCUGGGAGUGUUGGAAUAAAUUUACAGAAGAAUGGCAGCUUCUCUCUGCCUUCAUUUGGUCAGCCCUCCCUUCAACACAAAGAGAAAGGAAUGAAGAAAUCAGCAAGAGGAACAGAGAACCUGACAGCAGCCUUUUUGCAGUGCAGUUCUCUCCCUACUGCUGGAGUAACACAGACAGAAGUCUUCAAAACUGAUCGGCAGCAACUGGAGAAAGAAAUCCAAAUUCACACAAGAAAAAAAUAUUUGGAAUGUGGCAAACAAUUCACACACAAAAGUGAUCUUGAUAAGCAUAUGAAGAUUCACACAGGAGAAAAAACAUAUUGUCAUGAAUGUUGUAAGUCGUUCACUAGGAGAAGCCAUCUUAAGACGCACAGAAGAAUCCACAGUGGAGAAAAAACUCAUUGUUGUCCAGAAUGUGGAAAGUCGUUCUUUCGGAGCGGUGAUCUUCAGAGGCACAGAAGAAUCCACACAGGAGAAAAACCUCAUUGUUGUCCAGAAUGUGGUAAGGCGUUCUCAAGGAGAACUGAACUUCAGUGGCACAAAACAGUCCACACAGGAGAAAAACCUCAUUGUUGUCCAGAAUGUGGUAAGACGUUUUUAAAGAGAUGCAAUCUUCAGAGGCAUGGAAGAAUACACAGGAGAAAAACCUCAUUGCUUUCCAGAAGGUGCCGAAAAAUUUUCUGACAAACUCAGUUUUCAAAGGCACACUGAAAUUUAUACUGGAGAGAAGCUAUAUUGCUGUUCUCAAUGUGGGAAAAGGUUUGAAACAUUAGCUCUUUUCAAGUAAACACACAAACUCCCACUAAAGUGAAAAUACAGCAUGUUCUGAAUGUGGCAAAUUUUAUACAAACCAGAUAGGUCUUUAUCCAUGUGCCAAAAUCUAUACUGAAGACAAAUCUCAUUGCUGUUCUGAAUGUGAGAAACGAUUCUUAGAUUUAAACUCACUUCAGUGCAACAUCAGAACUCAUACUGGAGAUAAACCUUAUUGUUGUCCUGAAUGUGAUAAGCAGUUCUUACAACAAAGCACC